AUCAGAAAGAGCUAUAAGCAAGACAAAAAAGAAUACAGAGGCGUAUAUAAAGCAGAAGGAUUGGAGGAUCAAGUUUAUACAGACAAUGAUGAUGUUGAUGAUGGAAGAUGUGUUGUCUAAACUAGGCCCUGCCCUUGCAACACUCAUGUUCAUCUGUACCUUAUACCAUAACUAUUUCCCUCAUCAACUUCAAUCAUACAUAGUUUAUCCUUUCCACAGAAUUUACAGAUUUUUCUACCCAUACGUUCACAUCAUCUUCCAUGAGUUUGAAGCAGAGGACUUGUUCGACAGGAGCGAAGUGUUCCUCGCUAUCGAGAGGUACCUGGGUCAGAACUCCACCUCGAAUGCUAAUCACCUCGUCGCGAAAGCCGCCAAAGACACCACCCAGCGGGUGGUGCUCAGAAUGGACAACGGCGAGGUCGUGACAGAUGUUUACAGAAAUCAUGGGAAGGGUGAUAAGGAGGUGAAGGUAUGGUGGAGUUCCAACCAAAUACCUCCCAAUAGCCAGACCAUCACUUACUUUCCUAGGGAGGAAGAGAAGAGAUUUUUCUCGCUUAAGUUUCACAAGAAGAACCGAGAGAUCAUCACAAAAUCCUAUCUCAAGCAUGUGCUAGAGGAGGGGGAAGCGAUUGCUGUCAAGGACAGGAAGCUUAAGCUGUACACGAACAACAAGAGUGACGACUGGCGUGGGUGGAAGAGCACCAAAUGGAGUCAUGUCAUCUUCAAGCAUCCUUCCAACUUCACCACACUAGCUAUGGAACCAAGGCGGAAACAAGAGAUCAAGGAUGAGCUUCUAAACUUUAAGGACUCAAAGGAGUUUUAUGCUCAGAUAGGCAAGGCGUGGAAGCGCGGGUAUCUCCUACACGGUCCACCCGGGACAGGAAAGUCAAGCAUGGUUGCCGCCAUUGCCAAUCUUCUGCAGUACGACGUGUAUGAUCUCGAGUUGACAGCGGUGAAGAAUAACAAUGAGCUAAGGAGGCUCUUGAUAGACACUUCAGGUAAGUCCAUCAUAGUCAUUGAAGAUAUCGAUUGCUCCCUUGACCUAACAGGUCAGAGGAAGAAGAAGAAGGAGGAGGAGGAGGAAGAUGAGGAUGAAUCAUCAGAGGAAGAAAAAGAUCCCAUCAAGGAGUUGAUCAAGGAAAAAGAGAAAAAAGGGAGUGAGGUGACUCUAUCCGGGCUUCUCAAUGUCAUUGAUGGUCUCUGGUCAGCUAUUGGAGAAGAAAAAAUCAUAAUUUUCACUACAAAUCACAUUGAAAAACUUGAUCCUGCUCUGAUUAGGAGAGGGAGAAUGGACAGCCAUAUUGAGAUGUCUUAUUGCUGCUUUGAAGCUUUCAAGGUAUUGGCAAAGAACUAUCUCGAUAUGGAUACGGAAAAAGAUACCCAACCUCACCCUCUAUUUCCAGAAAUCAAGCGUUUGCUAGCGGAAACCAAAGUUGCGCCAGCCGAUGUUGCUGAGAACAUGAUGCCCAAAUCUGCUGGAGAGAACAUUGACACUCGUCUCGAGAGACUGGUUAAAUCUCUACAAGAAGCUGCAAAUGAAGAAUUGAAGAAGAAAGCUGAGGAAGAAAAGAGAAUCGCGGAUGCCAAGGAAGAGGAAGACAUAAAGAAGCUGAAGGCCAAAAGAAAGCUCAGAGCUUGGCUAAAGAAAAUGGAGAUAUGAAGAAAGCAGAUGCAUUGGUUCUAGAAAAUGGAAUUGCAGGUGAGGGCUGAUGAUAUUUGAAAGAAGAAUUUUCACCCUUAGCUUGGCUUAGUGUUUCUUAGUAUUUUGCAAUAUAUAUUAGUCUUGUAUAAUACUAUCUAUUAAUGGAUGAGGGAUCACUGGAUCAGGAUACAUGUAGGGAGAGUUUUAUGGUAUAGUAACAUUCUCUCAAGUCUUAAAUCUACCCAAUUGAAUAAGUGAUGGUGAGCUGAUUUUGGGGUAGAUUUGAGAUAGUUGUAGUGUUUUUAUGUUUACUUGAACAUCUAUAAACGUAUUCUUAAAGAUUAGGGACCUACUUUACAUUAUUUUUUAUUAUAAUCUUCAAACCGACCAGUUGCACCAAACUACUCUAAGAAUCUCAUUGAAAAAAUCUCAUAUAGAAUCCAUAUGAUUGAGAAAGCAAACUUGAAUUUAGAGUCCUCUUAUUGGUGUCACCUAAAUGUCUGUGUGGAGGUACAAUAAUUCUUGAUAUGUACUUGGGACCAGCAUCCAUUUAUGCCAAGGUAUUUGCUCUCACCUCCUCACAUGGUCUUUGUUUAGCCAACCACCCACCUUCCAUUUUGGCCACCAUGGCUAAUAACAAUAACUUUGGACCACUUUACAAAUAUGGGCACAGCCUAGGGAGCUUGGAUGCCUGGAACAUGGAAGUAUAGCAGGAAUUUUGUGGGGAGGAAGAGAUACACAAAACCCAACACAUGCACAACACACACUUGGUCAUUAAAUCAAGAUGAAACCUUGAUUUAGUAUAUUCAGUAUAUCUAAUCUCAUUGUUGUAUGGCUAGACACAAAUUUCUUAACUAUCAAGAAUAUCCUAAGAUAACAUAUAGGAGUAUCAAGGUAAAAAGUAGCAGAUACAAUCACAACCACCAGAUGCUUUGUUUCAGAAAAGUAAAUAUGGCCUGAAUUGGGAUUUCUGAAGUCUCCGCAUAAAAAAAUCGAAAAGUUUAAUUUCAUCUAGAGAUUUGAAUCAAUGAAGCAUCUUCCAUAUGAAUAGCUCCAUGAGAACAGUUUGUAGGCGAACCAUGCUCGCUUUUUCGCUUAAGAGUCCAGAGGCUUGAAAAUGAAACUUAGAAGUCGCUGUUGAGCCAACUAAUUAGAAAUGCAAAGGGGAUGCAUCAAAUUAGAAUGGAGUAAUCCGCAGCGUUGCAAGGCUCCAUGGCAGUGAUCUGCGACUCCAUUGUGAUUUUUAUCAUCUAUGAGUGUAUGUGAUGAAUUUGCCCAGAAGCAACCGCAAAAUUAUGACGAGCAUAUCACUCCAGUUUCGCCAUCAAAUCUAACCUAUGUACGUUGUCAAAAUUGGAAUUGUGCUCUCAAGGCCCCUUGGGAACAAGGCCCCUUGAGUACAUGAACUUUGUAUCAAAGGGAGUAAAGA